AUGUUCGAGGAAGAUUUGGUUGAUCGUACUGCAAAGUUCUGGGAUUUGCAAACCGGUAGCGAGAUAAGAACUCUAGGCGUCCAUCCGAACAAUGUACAUGCUGUACGUUUUGUGCCUAAUUCUAAUCUGGCCAUUUCUGUCUCCAUGUAUCAGAUCCGUGUUUGGGACUUGCGAACACAGGAAUGCAUACGUGUGUUACAAUCAAGUGGUCAGGUGAACGAUGGUGAGUGUUUGGGUGAUGGAGGUCCGCCAGGAUCACGACAGAAUACUGUGCCUUUUCUUGAGACUGUAGUAAAUGCCGCUGAAGUUGACCCUAGAGGACAAUUGUUAUUCACAUCGUUUGGUGGAGAUGUGCGGAUUUGGAAUCUGGAAAAGUGGGCAUCGUUUGGAAGGCUAGUAGGGGCAGUAAAUAACCCUAGUUCCGAAGUGUCAUGUUUGGCAGUUGCUGAAGGACCAGAUGGAAUGGUGCAAGUUUUCACUGGAUCUCGUGAUCACUACGUGAAAAUGUUCAAAACAUCUCCCGGAGGCGAAGGAGUGUACGAAGCUACAGUAGACUUCUCGCCUCCACACUAUGAUAACGUUACAUGCAUUGUUCCAUUUGGCGAAGGUGUACUCACUGCUAGCAAGGACAAGAACAUCAUGAAGUUCUCGCUGAUUGAUCAGAAAAGGGAUCAUCUGGAACUGAGUGCGCACAACAAUUCUAUACAGGGAAUGUGUCUUGUAGGAUUUAUGCAGAUUGUAUUCUACGAGUCAAUUCGGCCAAACGCCUGUAACCAAGUGACAGGGAAGUAUAUGGGAGAUGGUUAG